UGCAAGCAGCUAAUUUAGACACCCAUUCUUUCCCUCUCCUGCAGCUGCUCUCGCAUUGCUGGGAGGGAAUUUAGCCCAUCGCCCUGCUUGAAUCCAUAUUUCUAACUUCCUCUUCUCAUAAUUCUGAGUUAUACAACACAACAUCACGCAGGACCAAUGUGGAGAUUUGCAACUCUUGCAACCAUUCUCCUUUUAUCCCUUCCUGACCAUGCUGACUCUACCAGGUUAUCCGACUUGAGGGAUUCAGUCGGACGGAGACCAUUGUCAAGGCCUACCGAAUUCCUUGCUGCUCACAACAAGAUCAGGGCAAUGCACAACUUAACGUCCUUGUCCUGGAACAGAAUGCUGGCUAGAUAUGCUCGCCGGUGGGCCAACACGCGCCUUGAUGACUGCAAGAAUCUGGAACACUCUCCCAAUAGCCCUUUUGGGGAGAACUUGUUUUGGGGUCUAAGAGAUCACUGGAAUGCUUCCAAGGUAGUCAACUAUUGGGGUGAUGAAGUGCGGAAUUACGAUCCACUAACAAAUGAGUGCCUCAACAACAGUGUCUGUGGGCACUAUACACAGAUUGUAUGGAAUACGACUCAGAGUGUAGGCUGCACCCAUGCUUUAUGCAAUAAUAAUGAAGGUCACCUAUUUGUUUGCUCCUAUGAUCCUCCGGGGAAUAUUUACUAUCAGGGCCCAUUUGGUGGUCGUUUCGGCAAAUCUAUUGUGUAUCCUCCGUCGUCCAAUCGAUCAAGCUCAACACUUUCAGGAAGCCCACAUGCCCCCACGGGGAUCACCGUGAUUACAGCUAAUGACAGGGAUUUCAUCUCAGGCACCACUGGGCAUCCAGCAAAUUUGACCCCUCCUAAAUUUAAACUUAACAGUGAAUGA